AGUAAAAUCCUCUUUGGAAAGUCCAUAGCCAAAAAAAAAAAAAAGAAGAAAAUUGCAGGGAGCUUUGAGCUUUGCAAAAAUCUCCCUCCCUUUUUCAUUGUUCUUCAUCAAAUUCCCCAUUAUCCCUUUCUUACUUUCUUCUUCUUCAACCCUUUCAUCUUUUCAAUUCCUUUUUUCAGUUUUUUUUUUUACUCGAAUGUUACCUCCAAACCCUAGCCUUUUCCACGCCAAGCCAUCUCCGCUCCUCCCUCUCCUUUCCCGGACCUCAUUUCGCUGUUUCGCCGCCGCCGGAGACGCCCCUUCCGGCCCAACAUUCCGUAAGUGGUUCCAAUUCCCGACCACGACAACAACUUCCGACAACGUUUACGGAGGUGGUGCGCGAAUCGGGCAAGAAAUCAGCUACGAAGCUCCGGCUGGGAGUAGCAUCAAGGUCAAGAAAUGGUCGAGGGACACAGAGAGUUAUUUGACUAACGACGAUGAACCUCUUCCCCUUCCCAUGACUUACCCUGAUACUUCCCCUGUUGGACCUGAAGAAAUCGAUAAGCGACUACAAUGUGACCCUGAAAUCCAGGAUUGUAAGGAAGUGGUUUAUGAAUGGACUGGGAAGUGCAGGAGUUGUCAAGGGACUGGACUUCAAAGCUACUAUAAUAAAAGAGGGAAAGAGAUUAUUUGCAAAUGUAUACCUUGCCUUGGAAUUGGUUACGUGCAAAAGAUAACAGCUCGGAAGGAUAUUGAAGUGAUGGAGGAUUUGGAUAAUGGAAAGCCACCUUGAACAUGAAGAAGGCUUCUUUUUCUUCUUUUAUUUUUUUGGAAUAUUUUGUUAACUUCCCUGAGUUGUAUUUUUCUAAUACCUUUUUUCAACAUGUCAUGUAAAAUUUAUUCUUUUACAUGGAUAGAGGGUGAAAGAGAGCCACCUUGAGAGGGAAAAAAAGGGUUUAGGGAUUGGUCUUGUUGAGACUUAAAAGAGGGAAAAAGGAAUUGCUUGGAACUUUAUUAAAGAAUCUAUUCCUAUGGCUCAUUAAAGCAUGAAAUAGUAACCUUAAAUGCAA